UAUCACCCGCUUGUAGGUCAGAGCGUGUCCUGCUUAUUCAAUGGCCGGAAACGGCGGAUGCCGCAACAUUGUAACGGUGCUGAAUGGAGGAAUUUUAACACGCCAAGUGGAACCUGCCUUGGUUUUACUCCGUGGAAGGUGCGGUCCUAGCGGGGUGAAGUAAAAAGAUUUGACCAUUUUUUCCCCUUCCUGGACAUUUUGUCUUUACUGUGUGGACUGUAAAGCCGACGUGAUUACACAACCUCGGACGGGAUCAAAGGGUACAGUCGAUCCGCACCGGAAGAAACACAAAUGUAUUUUAAUAAUAUAACAAGGGGUUCCCAAACUAAGGGUCAGGGACCCGGUUUGGACCACAAGGCAUUUUUAGUUUUUGUUAGUAAUUUUAUUUUUUGAAUAAUUUUGUCGUGAUGCUGCUCAACUGCGACCAUCCCUUAACUCUUCUGAGUUACUCGGAUGUGCCGCCCCGGGUCAUCGAGAACUUCAUCCUGACCGGCUACCGCUUCCCCAAUUACAGCUUCCGAGAUUGCGUCCUGUCGGCGUUCCGGCCCACCAAUGAGACGGGCAACUUCUGGACUCACUUCCUCCCCGUUUUUGUGUUCGCCUACCACUUCGCCGAGGUCUUCGACUGGGACGAGGCGCCGUCCGGGUGGCACCCGUUUUUCUACCCGCUCUGGACCUACUUCCUGUGCGUUUCAUCUCUGCUGGUGUCCAGCAGCUUCGCCCACUUGCUGAACUCCAUGUCGCUGGUGGUGAGAGAAGUCUGCUUCUUCGUGGACUACGGGACCAUCAGCGCCUACACGGUGGGGUCGUCCUUGGCGUACCAUUACUACAUCCACCCCCGGCCCGGGCUGGACCAGAUAAACACCGACAGGGACCUGAAGCCUUCGGAGUUCCGACUCUUCUUCGAGACCCUCUACAUCCCCAGUGCUUGUGUCGUGGCCAUUAUUUGCCACCUGUCCUGCUGCUACACUCGCCAAAAGUGGAGGCGCUAUCGGUACGCCAUCCGGACCCUGGUUUUCUUCCUCCCGUUUCUGGUGUCGUCCACACCCAUCUUUUACCGCCUCCUCAUCCGAACGCCGUAUUCCACCGCCUCCGUCUUCUUCUACCGCCACUGCUUCUGGCUGCUGGCGGCGGCCGGGUUCAACAUCAGCAAGGUCCCGGAGAGGUUGUCCCCUGGUCACUUCGACAUCUGGGGUCACAGCCACCAGUGGUUCCAUUGCUGCACCUUUUUGUCCAUCCUGGACGAGCUCCACAUGAUCAAGUCGGAGGUGAGGGCCAUCCUGGCCGGGUCCGUAGCUCUGCCCCCCGGCCCAGCUGCCGGAGCCACCUAUGGGGUCAUGCUUUUCCUGCAGGCCACCAUCGUCUCAAUCAUUGUCGCGUUUUCUUGGCAUGCCAACUGUCUUUACGGGAAUCAAGUAGCAAACAAACACCAGAAAAGUCACUGAUUUCUUAAUCGGAUCUCGUAGUUUCGACUCCCAUUUGAUGAUGAAUAAAACUCGUUAGCCGCUAUGCUGAGAUGUAUGGUUUAUGAUCUACAGAAAACCUACAGGGAGAUGAUAAUCGCGUAAGAGUUUAUAAUAACAAUAUCACCAAUAACUAGUCAAUAUUCAAGUCACCAAAUGUAAAUAAUGGGUUGUACUUGUAUAGCGCUUUUCUACCUUCAAGGUACUCAAAGCGCUUUGACACUACUUCCACAUUUACCCAUUCACACACACAUUCACACACUGAUGGAGGGAGCUGCCAUGCAAGGCGCCAACCAGCACCCAUCAGGAGCAAGGGUGAAGUGCCUUGCUCAGGACACAACGGACGUAAAUGGAGUAUUGUUGGCGGUUUUCCGAUGUUUAUUUAUUGGAUUUUAUGGGUGGAGUAGACGAGUUCCCAUUGGCUCGAUGGCGUACUUUUUGAAUGUUUUUUAGAGUGCAAAGUAGCUAUCGUUAGCUUCAUAGUUAGCCACCUCGUACUUAGAAUGUAGAAUGCAUAAACCAAAAAUUUGCAAAUGGGUGAGUCCAUGGUUCUCGCCCGGAAAAGGGUGGAGUGCCAUCUCAGGAUCGGGGAGCGGACGCUGCCCCAUGUGGAGGAGUUCAAGUACCUCAAAAUCUUGUUCACGAGUAUGGGAGGAGUGGAUCGUGAGAUCAACAAGCAGAUAGGUGAGGUGUCUUCAGUUAUGCGGAGGCUGUAUCGAUCUGUUGUGGUGAAUAAGGAGCUAAGCCGGAAAGCACAGCUCUCAAUUUACCGAUCGAUCUACGUUUCCAUCCUGACACGUGGUCAGGAGCUUUGGGUUAUGACCGAAAGGACAAGAUCACAGGUACAAGGGGCCGAAAUGAGCUUCCUCCGCCGGGUGGCGGGUCUCUCCCUUAGAGAUAGGGUGAGAAGCUCUGCCAUUCGGGAGGAGUUCAAAGUAAAGCCACUGCUCCGCCACAUCGAGAGGAGCCAGAUCAGGUGUAUCGGGUAUCUGGUCAGGAUGCCACCUGAACGCCUCCUUCGGGAGGUGUUUAGGGCCCCUCCGACGGCUAGGGAGGCAUGGGGAAGACCCAGGACACUUUUGGGUAGACUAUGUCUCCCGGCUGGCCUGGGAAAGCUUCGGGAUCCCCCGGGAAGGGCUGGGGAGAGGAAAGUCUGGGCUUCCCUGCUUAGGCUGAAGUCCCCGCAACCCGACCUCGGAUAAGCGGAAGGGUUAUACUUGUACGUAUAGCGCUUUUCUACCUUCAAGGUACUCAAAGCGCUUUGACACUACUUCCAUAUUCACCAGUUCACACACACUGACGGCGGAAGCUGCUGUUCAAGGCGCUAACCACGACCCAUCAGGAGCAAGGGUGAAGUGUCUUGCUCAAGGACACUACGGACGUGACUAGGUUGGUAGAAGCUGGGACAAUCAAUCACAAACCUUAUUUGAGAUAGGAACACAAAUAGGGGACGGCGUGGUGCGGUUGGUAGAGUGGCCGUGCCAGCAACCUGAGGGUUCCUGGUUCGAUCCCCCACCUACCACCAACCUCGUCAUGUCCGUGGUGUCCUCGAGCAAGACACUGCACUCUUGCUCCUGAUUGGUCGUGGUUAGGGCCUUGCAUGGCAGCUCCCGCCAUUAGUGUGUGAAUGUGGAAAUAGUGUCUAAGCGCUUUAAAGUAUAACCCAUUUAUACUUUUUUAUGUUUAUGCAUUCUAUUUUGUCAUAAACGGUGAGUACGAGGUGGCUAACAAUGAAGCUAACAAUAGUCAUCUACUUUGUCCUCUAAAAAAAACAUUCAAAAUUACAGACGAUACUCCAUUUUCUUGUCCAGACAUGAACAUUUGCCGAGUAUUAGCGAUAUUGUUAUUAUAAGCGCUAAUGCUGAACUACUUUUAGCCGCGCUGUGAUCACAGGGAGGUAGUCUACUGUUGCACCUAUUGACAUAUUGAGAUGCUGCGUCACCUCUGAGCUGGUGAAAGUUAAUUCCAGAUUAUAAAUUGUUCCUCUCACCUGGAUAUUAAAAGGUUGUGGCCAUAAACCAAUAAGUUGGUUGUAUUUGACAUUUUAUUUAGACUCAUGAGAUCACAAGAAUGACAAAAAGAUGCCCCUUGUUGGGGGAGUUGUGACGGCACAGAACCACAAGGGGGCAGUGAAUGGUAAAUGGAUUAUACUUGUAUAGCGCUUUUCUUCUUUUUAAGGAAUUCAAAGCAGUUUGAGACUAUUUCCAGGUGACUAACAAUGAAGCUUAUGAUAGUCAUCUACUUUCCCCUUCAAGAAAACAUUCAAAAAAUGCCAACGAUACUCCAUUUUAAUGUCCAGACAUUAAUAUUAGCGAUAUUGGUAUUAUUAGCGCUAAUGCCGAAGAACUACUUUUAGCGGCUACGUGAUCCUUUUGAGCCUUUCUUCAUGCAGCAUUUUAAGAAGAAAAAUACAAUAAUUUAUUGUAAUGAUAAAGUUAUGUUAUGGAUUUUUUUGUUUGAUGUUGAAAGUAUAUGAGUAUUAAGGGUGUCAAAAGAUGUUUGUAAUGAAUCGCUAUUCUUAAUUAAAAAAAAAAAAAAAAAUCUAUUUUUUUAUUUAUUUAUGUUCUUCCUCAAUCAGACAAAUCCUCUUGUUGAUGUAGAUGAUCUAUAUCGGCUGUGCAGAUUUACCUUAGAAAAGAGAAUUGAUGAAUUUGUCUCUUGUUGCUUUAUUAAAAGUGAAAGUACCAAGAUUGCCACACGCACACUAAGUGUGGCGAAAUUACUUCUGCAUUCGACCCAACGCCCUUGAUCGCCCCCUGGGAGGUGAGGGGAGCAGUGAGCAGUAGCUCAACAUAACAAAACAUCACUUACUGUACGACGUCUGCUGUCGUUAGGACGCCGACUGCCAGGAUGUUUAUAUAUUCCCAUUUAGAUGAAGAAUCACUCAUAAUCUUCACAAAGAAACGGAGUGGGGGUUACAAGCGUAAUUUUCGUGUCUUUCUUGCCAGUUCCGGGUCCUAAAUGGCUAUCUAAAUACUGUAGUUGGUCUGUGUAAGCGUUUAUAAUAACAAUAUCACUAAUUACUUGUUAAUAUUUAUAAUAACAAUGUCACUAAAACUUGUUGAUAUUCAAGUAACCAAAUGUAAAUGGAGUAUUGUUGGCGGUUUUUGGAUGUUUUUUUAAUGGAUUAUAUGGACGGAAUAGAGGAAUUCCCAUUGAAAUUGUAUAUAUGUUUAUUUUAUUUUUUUAAUCCAUCCGUCCUCAUACCUCUCAUAAUGAUUGUGAUAGGUCGGGAAAAUUCCAAAUAAAAGCGCAUUUUUCUAUCAA